AUGAGACUCGAGGCGAAAUUUCUGGUUGAUCCCAUGAAACUGGCUCAGGCUGUGGUGGAGAAGCUCAGAGACUCCGACUUUGACGCUGCUAUGAGCCUUGUGCGUGCCAGCGAAAAGGCCCGUGAUGGCAUGGCCGUGGACAAUAUCGUUAGUUGGAAUCAUAUCAUCGAUUGGCUAAUGAGCCAGGGGGAGCCGUCAAUGGCAUGGAAGAUCUACAAUGAGAUGAAGAAGCGAGGCCAUAAACCUGAUGCCCACACUUACACCAUUAUGCUUCGUGGCUAUCGAGAUAAUGUGAAGAAACCCAAUGUUGUCAAGCAGGCAGUAGCUGUUUACGACUCCAUCUCUGCCGCGAACUCCGCGGUUACUCCCACGACCAUUCACACAAACGCCGUUCUCAGUGUGUGUGCCCGAGCCAAUGACAUCGAGUCCCUCUGGAGCAUUGCGGGAAGGCUUCCUGACAAAGGGCCUGGCGCGCCUGACCAUAUCACAUUCACCACCAUACUGCAGGCCAUCAACGCUGAAGUUCGCGCGCGCGCGGUUGAACUGGGUGGUCGGAACGGGCCUGAUUUCGACGCGCAGCCCAUUUUUGAACAAGCAGUUUCUGAUGCACGAAAGCUAUGGGUCGACAUCACCGCACGUUGGAGGAAAGGCGACCUGCAACUUGAUGAGGCCUUGGUGUGUGCGAUGGGAAGAUUGCUCAUGCUUUCCACCGAACCCAAAGCCUAUGAAGAUGUGCUUAACUUGGUUCAACAAACCAUGAACAUCCCAAGGACGCCUGAUGGCUUGGGAAAAACAGGCGAGGACCUUGCUAAGGAGGAAGAGAACUCAGUCACUAGCCCUAGCGCAAACACUUCUUCUCCCCCCGAGACUGCUAACAGCUCAUUGGUUAGACAAGGUUUGCGGCAGACUCAACUGGGCCCUACUUCAACCUCGAUAUAUGCUAUUCCUGGCCAAAACACGCUGUCGAUGCUCAUAGAGACAGCUACGGCUCUUCGAUACUUACGAGUAGGGAAAUACUACUGGGAUUUGCUCACCGCUCCCGAGGGUUUAUACAAGAUUGUUCCCGACCACGGAAAUGUCAUGGCCUACCUUCGUCUUCUCCGGGUGUCUCGAGCAAGCCAAGCCACCCUGGAUGUCCUCCGCAUGCCGCGGCCUAAGGAUAUUCAAGACCGACUGAUGGUUCGAGGUACAUUCUUCAUCGCCAUGAGCACUUGUUUGCGAGACAAGAACAACCCAAAUGUGUUCGAGACAGCUAGUCGGAUACUGGAUUUGAUGCAAGGUAGGGCGGAAGCUGUCGACCAGGAACAGUCUCCCACCUCCGGGGGCCAACAGCUUAAAUUAUCACCUAAGGUCCUCACUAAGUAUCUGGAACUGGCUCUUGCCACUACGAAUGGCUUGAAUGGCUCUCGGUUGAACAAAAGAAAAGAUGGCGACCUGGACUUUGAGCGUGAUCCUCGCAAGAACAACACAUUGAGAGCCCUGAGGAGACUGGCCCCAGACAUGGUCAAUGUCAAGCGCCUAUUAAAAGACCACCUGGAUGAAUCCGAACAACAGGCAGCGAUGAAAGCUCGAACGCCAACCGUCCAGAAGAUCUUGGCGAAGCGUCAACUCACUCAUCUCAGCGUCAGUGAGAAUAUACGCGAGCUCGUCGACUUCUUGCGCAUGUUGAUUGGUGCAUACGACAAGAUAUUAAUGGUCAAUGAACAUUUGGAGGACGACGGGUUGGGGCCUCUGGACAAAGAUAUUCUGACAGAAUGCUGGUCUCAGAAGCGCAAGCUAUCUGCCUUCCUAGGCAAGGUCAUUAACGCACGCGGCAUCCCAAAAGAGGCUCGACAGAUUCCCGAGCAGGGCACUGUUCACCGCCAGACGUCAACGGAGCCUUUGGAGGACAACUUGGGUGACGAGGCUGGAAAAAGUCUGGAUGUGACGCUUCCAAAUCAAAGAACGAAAGCACUGAGAGAGAUCAACAGAUCGCGCCUGAAGCAAGAGAAGGCAAGAGAGGAAAGCCGGCUUUCCAGACGACAGAAGCGAGAGCUGGAAAAAGAGGAGCGCAUCAGAAAGCAGUUCCCUGCUAGCAUGCUGAAACCCCCUCAGAGUGGCCGAUCGCGGACAAAUAGUCAGAAGUUUGAGACCACCGAUCACAAGCGUACAACAUCGCCUUCACAAAAGUACAGCGGAUGGGGCGGCGAAUUCGCGGCGCUUGCUCGUGAGCAAGGCCAGGGUGAAAACACGAGUUUCAUUGACUUGCGACCAUGA